AAGGGGCCGCUGGUCCCGACUGACCAGGGGCCACCCAGCUGACCACCCACGACGAAAACACCGCUCAUCGGCUGGAGCGUUCGGCAAUCGAUACAAGCGCUGCUCGGUGCUCUUACGCUAGCCGAGCCGUAUCAGCAGCUAGCUUCUGUGUGCUGUUCGAACCCCCCCCCCCCCCGUCCAAGAAUUGAUGCGGUGAAUUAGUCACCACUGUCUGGUUUCACUCCAAUCUAUUGCGCAUUCCUAAACGUUGGGAAAUUCUGCAAAAUGCGCGCCUCUCAAGAAGAACUCGAAAGGCUACAUAAAAUGCCGGCUAUCAGCGCCGAAGAUCGUCCUCCGAUGAAUCAGGAGGAAUACGACGCUGAAUAUGGUGGGAGGCUAGAGAAAGAAGACCCAGUCUUGCGUAAAAUAGGCAGGUCACUACAGAAUUCGUACUGCUAUCCAUUCACAGGAGUGCAGCCAUUUCUACAUGCAGUGGUCAGCUUCAUGCCCAUAUUGCAUUGGCUACCAAGAUAUAACUUUAAACGAGAUUUAGUUAGUGAUAUGAUAGGUGGUUUCACCACCGGAAUCAUGCAUGUGCCUCAAGGAAUUGCCUACUCUGCUCUAGCCGGUGUUGAUCCUGUCUACGGUUUAUAUUCAUCUUGUUUUCCUGCCUUUUUCUAUAUGUUUUUCGGAACGUCACGACAUGUAUCAAUCGGAUCGUUUGCGGUAGUGGCGCUAAUGGCUGGUGUAGCAAACGACAAAGUUAUGUCCAUACAUGGUGCAGGCACAGUGGAUCUGAUGCGAGAUUCCUAUGGUGUUCCAUAUAAUGUCACGACACAUUAUGAUGUCACACCAAUCCAAGUGGCCACCACCCUCACAUUUGCCAUUGGCAUUUGGCAGCUCCUAUGUGCUCUUCUUCGACUUCAGUUUGUAAUGGCCUACUUCUCGGAUCCGCUAGUCUCAGGAUUUACAACUGGUGCUGCCGUUCAUGUUCUUCUUGCUCAAAUUGAUGACAUAAUGGGUGUCAGUGUUCCCAAAGCAUCGGGUAUCGGAUAUGUGUUUGUGAGAAUCUAUGAUCUCGCCGUACGGGUCACACAAGUGAACAUCACUACGCUCAUUAUCUCAAUCCUUUCGAUGACAUUCCUCUACGUUGGUAAAGAAUACCUCUCACCAUUUUUAACGAAGAGGAUCAGUUUGAGGAUACCUAUCCCCUAUGAGUUAAUUCUGGUUGCUGUCACUACUGCUCUAUCGUCAUUGCUGAAUUGGCACGAUAAUAAUUCAGUUGCUGUCGUUGGCAAUGUGCCAGCUGGACUCCCCGAGCCAGAACUGCCAGUGUUCGGGAUUCUUUGCGACUGUCUCUUGCAAUCGAUUGGGAUCGCAAUUGUUAUUAUCGCAGUGCAUAUUUCAAUGGCAAAAAUGUUGGGAAAGAAAAUGAACUAUCAUGUGGAUGAUAGCCAAGAACUCUACGCUAUUGGUCUGACCUCGCUCCUGGGUGGAUUUUUCCCUGUUUAUCCCGUCUCGACUGCUCUUGGUCGAACCAUGGUAAAUGUCAAAAGCGGUUCGCAGACUUUGCUCUCUACCGUGUUCAGCUGUGCUCUGCUAAUGGCUAUCAUUCUAUGGCUUGGACCUCUGCUCAGGGAUUUACCCAAAUGCGUCUUAGCCUCGAUCAUUAUUGUCGCUUUGAAGUCUAUGUUCAUGAAGUGUGGCGAGCUGAGAAGGAUCUAUGCUGUGUCAAAGAUAGAUUUUAUGGUAUGGAUUGUGUCGUUCUUCAGCACAGUAUUUGUCAAUGUUAUGGAAGGACUUGCUAUUUCUAUCCUAUUCGCGCUAUUUACAGUGAUUUGCAGAUCGCAGUGGCCAAAAUGGCAGUAUUUCUUGCAAAACACACAAGAAGAACAGGACUCCGAAAGACCAUGCAACAAUCCUGAUGUUUGCGUGUUUCGCUUCGAUGGGCCGCUGCUGUUUACGAACGUGGAAAGGUUUCGAAAAUCUCUAAACAGAACCCUGGAACAGUGGAUGAAGUGUUGGGAAGAGAACCCAAGCGCAGAAGAUACAGAAAAAUUGAACAACUCGUCCUCCCCAAAUCGUCCAGAGAGUCUCUAUAAAGGCGGUAGCCCUCAUUUUCUCAUCAUUGACUGCUCAGCUAUGGCUUAUUGUGAUUACAUGGCUGCCACUGCUUUCAACGAGAUAGCCAAAGAUUUCAAAGACAAAGGUGGCAUACUUUACCUUGCUGGAGCUAAUGCUUCACUUCGAACUGCACUGGGUGCGAGUGGCUUUUUCAAGAAAAUUGAAAAAGAACAUCUGUUCCCAACAUUAAAGGACGCGCUGGCCAUCGCGAGCAGAAAUGGAAACGCAUUACGGCUACUUCGCAAUGCCAGAAAGGAACCUCAGGUAAAUCACUCGCUGAGCUCUCUAGCAGUAUCUUCACCAUCUCUGGCCUCGGCUUCACUACCUCCGACUCCAUCGUCUCCAAUCGUUCGACUCAGCCCUUUUCCGGCAGAUCGACGAUGAAUUUGCCUUAAGUUUUUUAUUUGUAUUUUUUUUGGUACUACUCCGUUCACACGAGUAGUGACCUUUUAUGUACAUAAGCAAUGUAAAAGGAGAAAAUAAACUUUAUUUCUUGCUAAGUAAAGU